AUGACAGGCGCUGGAGGCGAUGGUCUUCUUGAAAGAGAACGAAAUCCGCCGCCGAAGCCUAUCCCGCUGGAAUUUCCCAGCUAUGUCCCUCCGCGCUGUAACAGUCCAUUGAGUCGCCAACACAUCAAGAACAUCUGCAGAGAGCUCGCCGCGAUUCGCAAACUGCCCGACAUCCACGACUCCCAUCUCGCCCAUCUCAACAUUGACCUGGUCCAAGAUGUUCCACUUCCAGAGAUGGUGCCCGAUAAGCAAUUCGAAUCACGUCCACUCCUGUAUGACAGCGAUCUAACUGCUAUGCUUGCGGAACUUGAGUUCGACAAUGAAGAUGCAUACCGAGAGAUUCUCCGACUCCCGCCUCUUGAAGGCAGGAAGAAACCCCGCCUGGCAUACUCAAGAAACUUUUUUGCCAGUUUGGAGGACAUGAGUCGAUACUGGGACUAUAGCAAAGAUAACUACUACGAGGUCGAAACCAAUGUCGCGGAAGAGCCGACCAAGGACACCGAGCACAAGACUAACAACGUCGGACAGAGUGCCAAUAACACACCUGAUAUUGAGAUGCAGGAUUCUGUGGAGAAUUCACAGCGUUCCGGGCAAGAGCUUGAGCGAACGGCAGAUCCAAGUCAUUCCUCCGACAUUCCGGCAGCUACCUCCACCAUUGAGAUACCUAGCCGCCCAAAGAUGAAGCAGGUGUACAAGGGAGUGCGGCUCGGUAAUGGCGAGCAGAUGAGCCCUGGUACCCGAGUCUCUGCAGUGAGGAACCUUUUGAAGAUGGCCGUGCAUAAGUUCAACUGCCGAGAUUACGACGUGAGCCCGAGAGAAAAGUUGAGAAUCCACAACAUUAAUAUCCCUUCUGUGUGCUAUAAUUUUUGCGUUGCAAAACUACCGGCUGAUAUGAAGCUUUUGAGGGCCAGGAUGGUGGAAGGUCCGUUAAUGGCGGUUCACUGCAGACAUGAGGUAAGAUUCAAGUCGAGGGACGGGCUUCUAAAUCCGACGAGUGAUUUUGUGGGCGAAAAGUUUGAUCUGUUCCGCGAAAUCGGCGGUAUGUUGAUGCUCGCAAAGCAACGCGCACGAGAAGGACAGACGCUGUCCAAAGAACCGAGCGAGCAUCAGUGGUGGGCAAUCAAAAGCCGUUGGGGCGGCGGCGAGACGAGAUGGGGACAGCUUGCCAGCGAAGUGUUUGAGGAUGAAGAUCCAAGCUGGAGUCCGGACGAAAGACGACUACAACUGGGAAAGCGGGAACAAGAGGAAGAGGAACGAAGAAAAGCGGAGGCAGCGGCUGCCGCCGACUUGAAAAAUCUCCAGCCUGAAAACGCGGUGUCUGGUCCCUCGUCACCGAGCGAGAGACCGAAAAAGAAGAAGAGAAGUGGUGAAGCGGGCGGCUCGCCGAAAGACAAAGUCGAGUACAAAGAUGGGAGACGACUUAUGUAUGUCCCGCCCCUACGGCGGAAGUGGUACCAAGAGUGGACGAAAGUCCGUCCAAAUGGGCCCCAUUGGGACGAGAAGUUGAUCUAUCGGAAAAUUGGCAAACAAAGUCAGGAUGAAGGACCGAGUGGCUGGGACGACAUCUUCAUGAUAUCGGCUGCGAACCAUCACGCGUGCAUUUUGAGAAUGAGUGUGCACGAGGACUACCUGGACUGGCUGGAGUUCGGCAAGGAGGGAAGAUCACGACCCGACUCGCAGGAAACGGCAGGCAACGUCAAGGCCGAUCAGCGCAAAGAACAUGUCCUAUACGUCAGCAGAAGCCCGUGGCUGGAUCUGUUCGAGGUUGAGCAAAGAAAGGAAUUGCUUACCGCCAUAUGGAGAAUCCUGAGCUGGAUCAAUCGACACGAGGUGCCACGAGAAGAGGUUGAGAAGAUGGAAGCGCUCAAAAUGUCACAGCAGACUCCUGCGGAAGAACAGGAUGGAGACCACCAGAUGGAGAAUUGA